AUUUACAAUUUUUUAAUUUACUUACAUUCGAUUUCAUUGUAAAAAAAUAAUCUUGCUAUAACAUUGAUACUGAUAGUUGAAAUACCAAAUCGAAACAGGAAUUAGUUCUUACUUUUAAUGCCUAUGCAAAAUGAAGUGCUGCGUGCCUUUUUGUGUCAACAAUACAGAAAUUUUGCCUGACUUGGAAAAUGUUACAUUUCACAGAUUACCAACGGAAGCUUUCCGCCAUGCCUCCUGGGUGGAAGCACUCGGCAUCAAGAAGGACCAUAACAUGCAAAAAGUUCUGUUUGUAUGCUCUUUACACUUCAGGGAGGUGGAUUUUUACACCACAAAAGGUGGACAGAGGGCGGUUCAAAGAAGCGGGGUACCCAAAACAGAACAGGUAUGCAUAGUAUGUCUUCACACUGGAAGCAAACUGUAUCCGUUGAAGUAUUAUAACUUGGACAAGGCCUAUGAAAAUGUUACUGGACUAUCAUUAAGAUGUUACAACAUAAUCCUGUCGCCCAAGGUUUGCUCGGAGUGUGGACAGCGGCUGAUCAACUGUAACAUGUUCAGAGAGAAAAGUUUGCGGGCAAAUAACUUGUUGAUGGAAUUGAGCAGUAAGGAUGACUUGUUAAGAAUACAAAACAUAAGAGCAAUAAGUCGUAAGAAACACAAACUAAAAUCAACUUUAACGAAGAAUGUCUUUCAACCUGACUUCUACGAUUACACUUUUAACUUCGACGAAAAUUCAAUGAAAACAGAGAACAAAAAUAAAAACAUUAAAACAGAGAAAAAUAUCAAAAUAGAAAGUGUUGUCUGUGAUAUAGAUAAUGAAGAUGGAGUUAAGAAUGAGUCUAUGAAGUCUGUGGCCAAAGAGGAGAGUCCUAGAGUGAAUGACAUAGCAAGUGAUGAAGAGUUUCUGAACGAUGACAUAGACAAUGAUGUUUUUUUGAAAGGUGGCAUAGACAAGAUGAAGAAUUCCAUUAAAGCAAACAGUGAUAAGAUUAUAAAUAAUAACAGAGACAAUAUAGAGCGAGCAACAAGCGACAGCACAUAUGAAAACGUGAAAAUUUUGAACAAAACAAUAGAAUUGGACGUACAGUUUUCUAACUAUGGCUAUGACAUUGACUUCCUCAACGAAAGUGACGUCAAAAACGUCAACAAUGGAAAUGAGAAUGACACGAAUGUCAAAAUUACAAUCGAAAACGAUGACAUUGAUAUGGAUUUUCUCGAUAAUGACAUGGAUAUGGUCUCUGAUAAUGACGUUCACAGUGAUAUGGAACUUGCACCUGUCAAAAAUGAAACGAAGAAAGCUAAGCCUAGAGUGUCAAAAAAAAGUGACGUCAAAUUAGAUGUCAAAGUCAAAAGCAAACGUAAGGCUCCAGCACAAGGUCGGUAUCUCAAACGAAAAGCGCCCACCGGUGAUAUGGAGUUGUUUAAAGUGACAGUUUUGACAUAUGAAGAACAGGUAUUUGACAUACAGAGCAAGAAGGACACCCCGCUUUACAAGAACUCGACGUACAAAUGUCCGCUCUGCUUCAAAGGCUACCAAUACGAGGACGCGUAUGACACGCAUAUGGAGCAACACACAGACGUUAGUAUCCUAUUAUAUAACAUUUCAGGUAUUUGA